GAUGUCGAACGUUCAUCGGUUUUUAGUUUGUUUGAGCAGCUAAUAGCGUCGCGACCGAGAACCGAGAACCGAGAACCGAGUCGCGAGCCGUUGGCCAUUUGCAGCUGGAGAGGGUCACUUAUUAGCAACGUGCCAAUUGGACAAUUCCAAUUGGGAUUCGAACAUCUGGGUCCCGCUAACGGAUCGCGCUCGCGACCGCCAAUGACAAGUGAGCCAAAAGGGCGCUGACCAGCCGCAUCCCAAUCCCAAUCCCAAGGUCGGCGCAGUCGUUAAUAUGGUGCCAGAGGAAAAGAAGGUUUAUGGGGAUACGACACAGCCGCUGCCGAAGCGUGGCCAGGGCUACUAUAACCGCAAGGACAAGAGCGAUCUGGGCGAGCAUUUUGUGGCGCCCGAUGGCGGCUGGGCGUGGCUGGUGUGCGUAGCCGCCGGCUUAUCGAAUCUGUCACUGUAUCCCUGCCUGCAACAGUUCGGCUUCAUGUUUCGCGAGCGACUCAUCGAUCUGGGCAUGUCCAGCUCACAGGUGACAGCCAUAAUCAAUACGAAUCCAGCGGUAUCCGCUUGCACGGGCCUACUAAAUGGCCCCAUGUUCCGGCGGUUCACAUUUCGCCAGGUGGCCAUGGCGGGCGCUCUACUCUGCUUCAGCGGCAUUGUCCUGACCGCGUUCUGUGAGACAUUCGCCGGCUACAUAUUCGCCUAUGCAUUGCUCUAUGGCUUUGGCAUGGGCAUCAGCGUGUCAGCCUCCUCGCUGGCCAUCAACACGUACUUUCAACAGAAGCGACGACGCGCCGCUGGCUUCUCAUGGACCAUCACUGGCCUGGGCCCGAUCUUUCUGCCCUAUCUGGUCACGUUUCUGCUGGGCGUCUACGAUGUGCAGGGCACGGUGCUGCUCUUUGCGGCCAUCUCGCUGCACGCCUUUGUCAGUGCGCUCAUCUAUCAGCCGGUGCGAUAUCACCUGGCACCGAGUACCGCAGCGACAGCAGCGGCGGAAGCGUCUCUCAUGCAGCUGGAGCAACAGCCGGAGAUACUGUGCGCCCAUUGUGCGCUGCAGCGCAAGCGAGAGCCGGGCGGCAUCUUCUCCAGCCAGUACCUGUACCAGGAUGACGAUGCUCAGCGGCCGGGUUACGAGAUCAUUGAGCCGGGCACGCCCAUGUUGUCGCGCGCCAAUGAUGGCUGGUAUGGCUCCAAGUUGUCGCUAAGCUCUGGACGCAUGCGCUUUCGCACAGUGUCUAGCUCCAAGGAUCUGGAGCAUAUGCAGCGGCUGCAUCGCCCCAUCAAUGAGGAACAUCAACAGCAGCAGGAAGAGGAGUUCCUGCGACCCAAUAACUUUAGGCGGGAGCGCGAAGAGUCCAUUCUGGAGUCGAAGCUUUGCUGCAGCUGUGCUGAGCAGCGGGCACUCUACGCUUCCCUCCAAACGGAGCCGCCGGAGCACAACAACAACAACGAAGCGGAGAGCCUUAAUCCGGACAAGAUGACCUUUGUACAAAAGCUGGUCACCUUCUUCGAUUUGGAUCUGCUGCGCGAUAUAACAUUUGUGAACCUGGUCGCCGGACUGACGGUCAUCAAUUUUGGAGAGCUCAACUUUUCCAUUCUAACGCCGUUUAUCCUGACGGACUUUGGAUUUGAUACCUCACAGAUCACAGUGGCCAUGUCGUUGAUGGCCGGCAUGGAUAUAACCAUGAGAUUUCUGGUGCCGUUCAUCACAGAGAAGAUGUCCUGGGAUAAUCGCGUAUUCUUUCUUAUUGGCGUCGUUGGCAUCGCCAUUGGACGCAGCGUCGUUGCCUGCACCAGAUCCUAUAUGGUUAUAUUGGCCUGCUUUGUGUGGAUUGGCCUGUGCAAGGGCGUACGCACCAUAUUCUGGCCACUUAUCAUACCCGGCUAUGUGCCGUUAAAUCGCCUGCCAGGCGCCUCUGGACUCCAGUUGCUCAUCUCGGGACUGUUCACGCUCUUCUGCGGUCCCUUUGUGGGUCUUGUGCGGGAUCGUUACAACUACUCCGUGACGCUGCACUGCCUUGACGCUUUGUCGUUUGCUGCUGCUGCCGCCUGGGCCCUAGAGGCGCUGCUGCGACGACACAGACGCAAGACGCUCAGUUGAUCAAGUGACCCACUCAGAUAUACAUGCAUAUAUCAUUAGACUCACAUCUAAUUUUUUUUUUUUUUUUUUUGUAGUUCUAAGCUAUAUUAUAUACAACUGUACUUAUUAUUAAACAGACAUACACCUACUAUAUACACGCAUGUAGUCACGAAGUACAA